AGCUGUGCCUAAUCGUCACAAAUAGUUACCUUGCCUGAGUGUUUUCGUAACUACUCUUUGUACAUAUAAGGGCCCGUCCGGCCCGUCCGGUGCGUCCGUUCUCGCCGUCGCUCCACCACCACCACCAUCAACAGCUCGUCCGUCAAAGCCAUUCUCGACAUCUCGAAAAUUUCCUCACAAUGACUCGCACCAUCCCGCUCCUAAUCUCCUUCGCCGCACUGGCGGCGUGCCAAAACAACGCCGUCAUCACGUCACUCGUCUCGAAAAUCUCAACGGCAUACACCAACGACCCGGGCUGGAGCUCGUUCUCGUCGGCCCGAACCUCAUUCCGCGCCGAGUACUACAGCACACAGACAUACUACGAGGACGGGCCGGAGUUCGCCCCGUCGGUCCUCUCCGUCAUCAGCACCGCCACCAAUUCGGCCGAGGUAUACUCCAGCAUCAAGUCCGCGUCGUCCGCGGCGGUCGACGAGUACCUCUCCAUCUACGUCGACUUCGUGUCCACGCAGUCGUACCUGCAGGGGAGUGCCCGCACUGGCCUCCACAGCGAUCUGGUCGUGCUCACUGAAAUAUUCGCCGCCGCUACCAACACCGGCGGCGGCAGCGGUGAGGGCGAGGCGAGCCAGACGGCCACCGCCUCGGGCUCGGGCUCGGCAAACACAACGCCCACCCCUCGCGUCAUAGUAUCGGUCUCGACCGCAAUCGUCACGUCGACUCGAGCCUCGCCGACGCCAGCCGCCACAUCGACGCCAACACCAACGGGUGCUGCUGCGGCGGCGGUUGGUGGUUCUGGGGUGCUUGUGGGGGCUGUGGCUGGUCUGGUCGCUCUGGUUGGACUGCUGUAAAGAGUGUGCACAUUUUCAAAACACUUAAUCGUUAAUGUCUGGAUGAUAUCGUAUGUAAGCCUUUUUAUAUGUAUAUAUAUAUGUGCUCAAUCAAGUCGUACCUACUACCGAAGAGGCACGCGCUGUGGUUUCGCGCAAAGAAUUGAUGUGUUCCG